GGGGCUGAGGAAAAAGAUGGGGCUGAUUGGAGGAAUCAGUUGGUUAAUUAGUACUCAUAUUUUAGAAUCUUGAUACGCACGAUUAAGGCGCCGAACAUCUCACAUGAGCCGGUACGUCUAAAAGAAAAACAUUUUUUGCAGCUAGGUGCUGAAGGCUUAGAGUACGAGCUGGACAUAAGCAAAACGCCAUAGCUGACACCCACCAUAUUUCAACUAGAGGCCCCAAUGCCAAUAGUUCUUCAGCAGUACUCAAGUCUGGCCACUUCGUCACCAUGCUCCUCAGAAGAGGAGCUGGUGCUGGCCGCGGACGAGUCCCGGCCGGCCUCGGACGAGCCGACGCCCGUCCGCAGCUGGCGCAGCCUGGCCGCCUUCUGGCUGCUCGGACUCUGCAACAAUUAUGCCUACGUCAUCAUGCUGAGCGCCGCGCACGACAUCCUGGACGGCGGCUUCCAUGCGAUGCGUGUGGUGGAUGACACAGGUCGUGACUGUAACCCCACCUCCACGGGCGCCAUCCUGCUGGCCGACAUCCUGCCUGCGCUGGUCGCCAAGGCCGUCUCGCCGGCCGUUAACGUGAACACGCAUGUGCGGGUGCUGGUGACGGUGCUGCUCUCCGCCUUGUCCUUCGUCCUGGUGGCCGCUUCGGUGGACUCGGUCAUGGCCUACACGGGCGUGGUGUGCGCAUCGCUCUCCAGCGGCAUAGGCGAGGUCACCUUCCUGGCCUACACAGCCCAUUUCCAUAGUGACGUGGUCUCCACCUGGUCCAGCGGCACGGGCUUCUCGGGCGUGCUCGGCUCGUUCAGCUACGCGGCUCUCAUCAGCGUGGGCCUCUCGCCGCGCACCACGCUCUUCGUCAUGCUGACCUGCCCGGCCGUCAUGGUGUUCACAUAUGUGGUGCUGCUGCGCCACCCGCCGUCGCACGCCGUCUGCUGUCGUCCGGCGCCGCAGCCUGACGCCAGGCCGCCGCCGGCCCCGCUACGCACCCGCGAGAAGCUGGCGCUGCUCCGCCAGCUGCCCGUGUUCAUGGUGCCGCUAGGCCUGGUCUACACGGCCGAAUACUUCAUCAACCAGGGCCUGGUAGAGCUCAUCUGGUUCCGGGAUAUCUGGCUGUCGCACAGCGAACAGUACCGCUGGCUGCAGGUGAUAUACCAGAUCGGCGUGUUCGUCUCGCGCUCGUCCGUCAACCUCUUCCACAUCCGCCGGAUAUGGGUCCUGACCGUGCUGCAGUGCGUCAACGCGACGUUCUUCUUCUACGAGGCGUACUUCCUCUUCGUGCCCAGUUUCUGGCUGGUGGCGCUGCUCGUGCUGUGGGAGGGCCUGCUCGGCGGCGCCGCCUACGUCAACACCUUCUACGCCGUCUACCACCAGUUCCUCAGCCGCGAGCGCGAGUUUAUCCUGGGCACGGUGUCGCUGGCCGACUCGAUGGGCGUGGCGGUGGCUGGAGCCGUCUCGCUGCCCGUGCACAACGCCCUCUGCCGGCUGCCGGGGCCGCGCCAGUGACACGGCCGUGCACGCCGCCGAACGGCCGUCCUCGGCGGCACCCACAGACGCGGCACCUCCGCGGGACCAGCUGGCUCGAGCCCGCUGCGGGAGCGCACAGCUGGUAUCCUCCAGGACUGCCGGGCGGACGUCCGCCCUGGCGGUGGCGAGCCGGCGUCUCGGAGUGACGUGGAGCUAGCGCGCUCCACGCCGUACCUCCUCGCGUUGUGUUCAACGUCUGUUUUAAGUCACUGGAAGUAAAAGCGUUGUUCUACGGACGCUGCUGCAAGGCAGACGCUAUAGUUAUUUGGUGGAGCAUCAACGAAAUGAUGAACCACACAUCCCCGACGUACCUGACGGUCUGAGAUGUCUUCCCUGUGUCUCUGUUGUGAGCCGCCAUGACGCCAUCACUUAGUACGCUGUGUAGCGGUUGUGUGUGGGUUCGGAGAAGUAAACUUGUGUUUUAAAAUGUUGCAUUGUUGUAAAUGACUACACAACUCGCGCUGUGAUCUUUUCACAAAUGUGACUGAGUCGGUGCCUACGGUGUCUCCUGUCUUAUAAUUCCAACAUUGAUCGGUUUGACCUCUGUCCGUUAAUACGUUUUCGUUCGCGAAGGUUCGUAAAGACCGGUUCUGCGUCUAGCUGUUUUAUAUUUGUGGUGUGGACCAUGAAUAUAUUGGCAUGUGCUUUGUAUGUAUUAUUCCGUUAUACAUUUUUCACGCGAAUAUAAUGCCGCAUGCUUUGCGUGCAUGCAUCAGUCAUUUGUUUAAUAUUGGCAAGGCUCAUGGCGCCUGGCAGGGUGCCGUAAAAAGCAGCGGUGCAGUUGUUAAUUUGAUCAACCUUAGUACGUUAUAUCGCGACGAUAGCUUGGCACUGACUGCGCAUCUAGCCUCUGUAAAUGACUGGAUGGGGACUCCCUGUCUGUGGAACUAAUAUACCGAC